AAGCCAUUGCGCUUCAUGACUUUUAUUUUGGAAAGCAUCCCGCACGUCCUGGUUUAUUGUCUGCCUCAGGAUAAAAAGAGAGACAUUAAAAUGAGUAAUCCACUGAGAGGUGAAGUUAUAAGAUUGUACAAAAAUCUUCUGUAUCUUGGACGGGACUAUCCAAAAGGCACUACAUACUUCAGGGAGCGUCUGAAAGCAGCUUUCAUGAAGAACAAAGAUGUCACCGAUCCUGAGAAAAUCAAAAAGCUGGUUGACCGUGGAGAGUUUGUGAUCAAAGAACUCGAGGCACUUUACUUCCUCAGGAAAUACAGAGCAAUGAAGAAACGCUACUAUGAACCAGAGCAUUAAACGAUGUCUCUGACAUAUAUACUGUACAGUCUGCCACAUGUGACAAAGGUUAAAUCAUUAUUUUCUGUACAUUUCUGAAUGUCUCUAUUUGAUGUGUUGCACUAUAACAGAUUUGGACAUAAACAUUUAUAUUUACUA